CGUUCGGCGCCACCUCUUCUGUUCGCUUGCCGUACCUUUCUUUCGAGAUAGUUAUUUGUUAGUAGUAGUAGUUAAUUACUUGGAUGUCGUUUGGAACGUAGCAUGGCAUUAUAUAAUUAGCAGCAGAACUGGUCGCUAAUUUGUGACGCACAACGUGAACAUGUCAUAUUGUGCGACGGCGAUUGUAGUUUACCCAUGACAAGCCGGGGGUAUUACGCGUUAGGCUGUGAGAAAAUAUCAAGUUUUUGAAUUCCUCAUAACCAUAUCAGAUUUGUUUUUUAUCAGAACGUGUUAUACGAAGCAAUGUUGUUUUCAUCUAGCGUGCUACCAGCAUUUUGUUAGCCUAACUAUCCUCGUCUUAGCGGAGCUGCUGAACGAGCAGUGGAAACGUCGCCAAACUCAUCUGAUGUGUCACAACAGCGGACGAAUUCACACUAUCCUAUCAUAGGCCACGAUAUUACUUAACCGCUGUUUUCUUGUUGCUGUUAACUACGGACUUUUUUCGAAACCUGGACUGCUUUCGAAGUGCCUUCCGAAUGCUGAACGUACCGACCCAGUCAUUCCCUGCGCCCAGCUCGCAGCAGCGGGUAGCUCCAGCCGGUCAGUCCGGGAGGAAUAAGGUGGCUUUGAAGCCAGGUCACAGUCUAAUGGACUGGAUCCGGUUUGCCAAGAGUGGACGAGACCUGACUGGAUUGAGAGGACGGCUGAUUGAAGUUACUGAAGAAGAGUUGAAGAAACACAACACACGAGGCGACUGCUGGACAUGCAUUCGAGGGAUGGUUUACAAUGUCACUCCCUAUAUGGACUACCACCCGGGUGGAGAGGAGGAACUGAUGAAGGCAGCUGGGAUAGACGGCACUGACCUGUUUGAUCAGGUACAUCGGUGGGUAAACUAUGAGUCCAUGUUGAAAGAGUGCCUUGUGGGCAGGAUGGCUAUUAAGGCCAGUGCAUCUGUCAAAGCUCUGCCUCUGAAGAAGGAUCGUAACUCCAACCUGAAUGGUUUAAGUCCACCUCCACCACCAACUGGCAGUUCCUCUUUAUUUGUAUCGCUGCAGCCGUCAGCAUUACCUCCCCCAGCCAAAGACUCUCGGCCUCGUUAUGACUGGUUCCAAACUGACACAACUGUCAAUCUUGUUGUUUACACCAAACAGAAGAUCCCCAGCUCAGGCAGCACCACUGUUGACCUGAUUGGAGAUGUCUUACGAAUGGAGGUUCUGCUGGGAAAAAUGUCCUACAUGCUCCAUUUACAACUCGCUGAAGUAGUAGAGGAAAGUGUUGCUGUUCAGACAGCAUUUGGUUCUGGAAAGAUCCAGGUCAGCAUGUGCAAGAAGGCAAAAGUAAAAUGGACGAGUUUGGGCCAACCACUGAAAUUUCACAACACCUUUUUGUAUAAAAAAGAUCGAGCACUCUACUAUCGAGAGUGUGUGUUGAUGUCUAAAACAGAGGUCAACCAUAACACACAUUUGUUCCAACUGCAACUUCCACGAGGGACAAUCAUGCAUGUGCCUGUUGGAAAACAUGUCUACCUCAAAGCUCUCAUCCAAGACAGCGAGGUGGUGAAGCCAUACACUCCAGUAGAGCAGACUGUAGUACCAGUCUCUCACAACCCCAGGCAAAGUUCAGACCUCUUCCUCAUGAUUAAAGUCUAUCCUGAUGGACUAUUCACCCAGCAUCUCAACAGCCUGCACAUUGGUGAUCAUGUGUUUGUCAGUGGUCCAGAGGGUCCCUUCACUUUGAAGCGAAUUCGUCAUGUCACACACCUCUACCUGUUAGCAGCUGGCACAGGGUUCACACCCAUGGCCCGACUCAUCCCUUUCGCACUUCAGGAACUCAGCUCAAUGAGAAAAACCAAGCUGCUGUUUUUUAACCGGCAAGAGAAAGACAUACUGUGGCGCUCAGAACUGGAUGAACUGGCUGCUAAAGACGAGAGGUUCGAGGUGGAGCAUGUGCUGUCUGAGCCAUGUGAGACGUGGGCGGGUCAGAAGGGGCGGGUGCAGCAGUCCAUACUGCAGGAAGUUCUCAUGAGGCCAGAGGGGUCCCGGUGCUAUCUGUGUGUGUGUGGCCCCGCUGCCUUCACCGAGCUGACCAGAGGGUUGGUUAAAGACCUGGGCUUCAGUGAAGAAGAGAUCCACACCUUCCAAGGGUGACACUCACCUGUCACCUUUAACGCAACUUAACCUCUACCUGUUGUGUGUGUGUGUGUAUGUGUGUGUGAGAGAGAGAGAGAGAGAGAGCAUCAGAUGUAAGAUAUUUUUCUAUGCAGUUGAUUGAAGUGGAGCUGAUGAGCUGAUGAUGAUGAUGAGGUAGUAUGAUGAUGAGGCAGUAUGAUGUGGAUGCUUAUUGUACAGAACCCAACAGGGCUUUAAUGGCACUUAGAUUGAAAGUAGAUUCAGGUAUGCUUUUUUUCAAGUUGUUGGGUUGUUGUACAGUGCAGAUUUCUGAACAGACACGUCUCUCAGAGUUAGAAGUUGCUCUUUAAGACCGUGUCAGCUGUAAGUCUGAAGUGUAAAUGUCACUGUAAAACACGACGCACACUCCAAUUGUUAAUGUAAUCCCAGAGCAGAUGAUGAUAGCCUGGAACCGCUCUACUGUCCCAUCUUGUUCUGUCCCACAUCCAUGACAGCAAAAAGCCAGUAUACUCCAACAGGCUACAGUCAUACAUCAGCUGCAUCCUGGGUGUCCAAACAAAUGUCAUUUUGCAUUAUGUUGGGACAACUGUAAAGUGUAUCUGCCACACAGGGGUGACAACUUACACAACCAGGCAACUUCUGUCCUCCUGUUAUUAGAUGUACAAAAGGAGUUUGCCUUUGCUACCCAAAUGUUUUCUGUACACCUUACCACAUUUGCAGGCUGUUCUGGUCUACAUUGUCGUGAACAAGAGUCUUCUUUUCCUACCAGUCAUUGGAACAGAACACAGAUCCAGACCACUGCCACUGAAAUAGGCUCUAUGAAACAAUCCUGGUCCAAUUAGGACAUGAACUGUGCAUUAAUUAUGGCAUUUCUAUAAUGAUGCAAUUCUGAAGCAGUGUGUUUGACUCCUGUGAAGAGUAAAUGUUUUUGCACUUUAACUUCAAACAGUUGGUGUUGAAUAGAAAAUGAACAAGUCCAGAUCGCGUGAUGCUUUGGCUUUGAGCAUCCUGGUGUUGGGGGUUUGUAGGAAUCAGGACUGUUACCUUUGUAUGGAGCCGCUGGAGAUGGCUUUCCAUGACAGGUCUUUGGAGCAGCUAUAGACCAACAGGUCACAUUUUACUUCGACCUUAUUUUUAAUACAAUAUCAAUUCAGUGGGCAUCAUGAAUGGCUAUAGUAUAAUGCGAGACAUCGAUAACAAGCGGGACUCUUGGUCACCGCACCACCUAGUGAUGGCGUACAAUCUAUGCAUUGUUGUUUUUCUGUGUCCAGUCCUGCAGGGCUCCACACCACUGCAAUUUAAUUUGUUUCAUUUUUUAAAAACGGUUCUCAACACCCUCUUGAAGAGUGGUACUUUUUAAUCAAACACAAUGUAUUGAAUGUGCUGUGUGUAACUGUAGUUGAACCUUGACCUCUGUCAUUGAGCCAUUUGAGUAACAACACAUUAAAGCAGGCAGUAGUGUCUUCACGGAGAUCUGCCGUUUGAAGGUCUUUACUAGUGUUCAUUGUAGGGUCACUUCAUGGUUUACUGAUGACUGCGAGUGCAAGUCUUUAUUUAUUUUUUGGGGGGGGCAUCAAAAACAACUCAGCGGGCCAAGCUCUUGUGUUUUUAAAUGCAGAUAUCUGGGGAUUUGUUAAAACUAGAACCACCAAACCUGUAAUUUUGACGGUUUUGGAUUUUCAAAGUUAAAUAAUGGGGGGAAAAAAAGAAGAAAGAUACUGAACUGCCGCUUCGUGAAUGGUCCUAAAAUUGCAUAUAUUUGCAUUAAAAUUAGUUUUAGAUCAAUUGCACACAAAAAAGUUAUAAGAUCUACCUAAAACGACCAUGAGCCGUCAAAAUGACCGCUUGUAAUUUGCGUGUGAUCGUGUGCGUCAUGUCACUACGUGUGUUAGUCGCAUCACUUCCUUCGUGAAGUUCAUUGCUCUGUCCUAGAAACACACCAGCGUCCUCCAGUGCAGAGAACCUCUAGAUGCUGUUUCAGACGCACCAUGACUACCACCAAGGCAUUGGACAGCGGCCAUUUUAAAUUGUUUGGAAAAUAGUAUUAUAGUUGUUAAAAUGUUAAUUUUGGUGUCAGUUGUUUCCUAACAGACAGACUAACGUGUAAUGCAUUAAUAUCUCAAAUGGGUAUUUAUCUCGACAGAAUAUAGGGUUUAAAAAUCAGCGGUUAUUUUGACUGCCCAUGUUAAUUUUAGGUAGGCGUGAAAUCCGGGUCGUUCUAGUGUUAACGUAGUUUCCAUGACCUUGUGCAGAUUUAAGAUAAUCUCCUCAGUGCUAUCCAAGUAGGGCUACAUGCACAUCCCUGUAAUAUUGGCCAUCUUUUUGUAGAAGAUUCAAAAAACCCUUGAUUGUCUGUCACUGAAGUUUAUGCUUGCAUUUAUGUGUCUUCUUCAUUCCCCUAAAGAACCCUGUGGUUCAGGCAAAAUAAGUGCAAAUCAAAAUGACCUCUUCAGCCUUCCAGUCAAAUAAAUCAGAUAAACCGAACAGAAGCGUGUAUGUCCAGGUUUGUUUCUUUCUUCUAUUUGAUAUGCCCAGCACAAGCAUGUACAACUGUUCUCAGAAAAACAGGCCCUUGUAAACCUCCCCUCCCAAGAUAUUUGGAUAUAUAUAUAUAUAUAUAUAUAUAUAUAUAUAUAUAUAUAGUACUCGAGUCCUGAUUUUCAGGACUCGUGACUCGACUUGGACUUGAGCAUUGAUGACUCGGACUUGAACACUGGGGACUCGAGACUCGACUCGGAGGUUUACUGACUCCAGUAUACAACACUGGUGUGUGUGCACAUGCUUGCGAGUGCAUUUGUUUGGCUAUUGUGUCACAAAAUAAAUAAACUCCUUUUGA